AAUUCACGCAAAUCAUCGGUCCCGCUGACGGACGAACACAGCAGCCAAAAUUCAGCAGCCGGCUACCCCAGACCGUGGUGCAGGGACACAUUUUUGGUUAUAUUUACUGGAAAAUGAAAUUAGCAAUUCUCUUGUAAAUCAACUACUGUACCUUUAUCUCACCUUAAUCUAUUUUUAUCGUACACGAUGGUUGAGCUAUUACGGCAGUACUUAAACGAGAUCAAGAUACCGCAAGCCGGAGACAAGAUAUACAAAGAUGAAUGUGUUUUCUCAUAUGACACACCAGAAUCAACUAAUGGAUUAUACAUUAGUCUGACAUCAUUUCUGGGAUUAGGUCAGGAUCACGUCGAAACUUAUUACCAGAAAACUAAGAACCCCAUAUUUCUUCGACUGAAAAGGGUAAAGAAAGAGAUACCUUCGGAGCAGCAAGGAGAUGGUCCUGAAAAAAAGAUCACUCGUCUGGCGAUUGGAGUUGCCGGAGGCUUCAGUCCAGAUACUAAAAAAUAUACUUAUGACGAAUCGUACGAAAUCGUCAUCCUGCCAAAUUUUGUAACAAUACCAUAUCCCAAAGACGAUCUGCCGGAACAAGUAAAAACUGCAGUCAAGUGUUUACUGGAGGCUGAGUCUGCUUCUAAAUUGGCUGAAAUUGAAGCUCUUGCUGGGACAUGGGAUGGUGAAGCAAGGAUCACAUCCAAGCAUGCAGCUGAUCUCAAGCAGUUGGAUAAUGGAAAAAAGAUUCCCCCAAGUGGAUGGAAGUGCGAAAAAUGUGAUCUGACUCAAAAUUUAUGGCUCAACCUUACGGAUGGCUCAAUACUCUGUGGCCGAAAGUUUUAUGAUGGAACUGGAGGCAAUGAUCAUGCCGUUGAGCAUUAUCGUACCACUGGUCAUCCACUUGCGGUUAAACUGGGAACUAUUACCAAAGAGGGAAAAGGGGACGUAUUUUCAUAUGACGAAGACGACAUGGUCGAAGAUCCGCAACUCAUUGCACAUCUGGCACAUUGGGGCAUCAAUAUUGCACAGAUGGAAAAGACUGAUAAAUCUAUGGUUGAAUUGGAACUUGACCUCAACCAGAAAUUUGAUGAAUGGGUGGCGCUUCAGGAAGCUGCAAGUAAAUUAACUCCUGUUUACGGGCCCGGAUAUACAGGGCUAGUAAAUUUGGGAAACUCAUGUUACUUGAAUAGCGUUAUGCAGAUGGUUUUCACCAUCCCCGACUUUGUAUGCAGAUACGUCGAUGAGGCUCCACUGAUUUUUAACCAAUCAGGCAGCGACCCUGCCAAUGAUUUUAAUACACAGAUGGCUAAGCUGGGAGUUGGUCUGCUCUCUGGAAAAUAUUCUAUUGAGCCAGCGCCUGGAACAGAAGAAGAAAGGCGCCAAGGCAUACCGCCUCGGAUGUUUAAGACUUUAAUCGGUCGCAGUUAUCCAGAUUUUGCAACCAAUCACCAGCAGGAUGCACAGGAAUUCUUUUUGCGCUUGAUCAGUCUUUUAGAUCGUAAUAGCCGUCAUCAAACAAAUCCCGCGGACUGUUUCAAAUUUAAAAUAGAAGAACGAUAUCAAUGUGGAGGAUCUGCCAAAGUCAAAUAUACGCAUCGUCCCGAGUAUUUAUUGCCUUUGCCUAUACCGCUGAAGGCUGCUGUAAAUCAGGAGGAGGUAGCUGCCUUCGAAGCAAAGAAAAAGGAGGUCGAAGCAAAGGGUCAAAAGCUGGAUUCGAAUAGUAUUGUUAGACCAAGAAUAAAACUUUCGUCGUGCUUAGAGAUGUUUACGCAGUCAGAAAUCGUCGAACAAUUUUAUAGCAGUGCCCUAAAUCAGAAAACUAACGCUCGCAAGACUACGAGUCUUGCAAGCUUUCCAGAUUAUUUGUUAAUACAUUUGAAGAAAUUUACCUUGAGAGAAGACUGGAUUCCUAUCAAAUUAGAUGUUGCCAUUGAGAUGCCUGACCUGUUGGAUCUGAGUAAACUUCGAGGUCUAGGUUUACAGAGUGAUGAGGAGCUGCUACCAGAAUUAGCUGGUUCCGAACCACCGCCACCUGUGUUUGAUCAAGCUAUUCUGGCGCAGCUGAUGGAUAUGGGUUUUCCGCCAGAAGCUUGCAAACGUGCUCUCUUUUUCACGGAGAAUCGAAGCUCGGAUGCUGCUACUAAUUGGCUCAUGGAGCAUAUUGCCGAUUCUGAUUUUUCGGAACGGUUUGUACCUCCUGGCAUAGACAUGAAGCCAGGUAAAACAGUAUUCAAACCGAACGAAGAAGCUCUGCAAAUGGUGAUGGCCAUGGGCUUCACCAGAGAACAAGCAACCAAAGCUUUGAAAGCAACCGACAACAACCUAGAACGUGCCGCAGAUUGGAUAUUUAGUCAUCAAGCAGAGCUUGACGCACCUGAAAUGGAAGAGGGUCCAUCGCAGGAUGAAUCGUUCAGAGAUGGGAAUGAGCGUUAUAAAUUAGUCGGCUUCAUUUCUCAUAUGGGAACCUCAACCAUGGUUGGCCAUUACGUUUGCCAUUUGUUAAAAGACAAUCGCUGGAUAAUAUUCAAUGAUGAAAAGGUCACGCUAUCUGAAAAUCCUCCAAAGGAGUUGGGUUACUUAUACUUGUACCAACGUAUUGACUAGUAACUUGAAUGCAUAUGUUUUGUAAAAACUUUUUAUCGAAUUGUAUUGAAAUUUAACAAUAAAAAAAAAAAAAAAAAAAAAAAAA